GUGCGUGUAAGUUCGGAGUUGAGGUUAUUGUUCUUUACCGUUGUUCAAACUCACUUUUGUGUGUGGUAGAUUACUAAACUACAAUUAAGUUAUUGUACAGUAAUUUCUAAAUCAUGUGGUUCACCUGUGAAUUAGCCAGGGGAUAAUCAACGGAUCCUGACGUGCUAGAGUUGUGCCUAACACUCCUAAAGCACACACAAAGCUGAAGUCACCGAACGGGUUGAAAACGUCUUGUCGAGCUUGGGAUUUCUUUUGCAGUGGGAUUGUUAUGCAGUAUAUCAUUAAAGACCUCUCCUGUCCUGACCCUCCCACGUACCACGGGGUCCUUGAGUUGACUGUCUGAGAUCACAUGGAGAAUGCGGCUCGCCAUUUCCCCGCCUAUGGGAGGUACCUCACUCAACCGCCGCAUCACCUUUAGCCUUCUAGCCCGGUGUUACAGGUGUCGCCGGGAUGGCACCGUCCCGGAACGAGAUCUCGCGAGAGAUAGCGAGAUCUCUCUACGCCGUAGGGAUUGUCCUGGUCCUGUUGCACACAUCCUCCGCAGAUGAUGCCGGGCAGGACCUGAAGUACAACAUCACCUUCAACAUCAGGGAAGAUGCAGGCGUGAACACGCUGGUCGGGGAGGUCAAAGGUAACGGGUUCACCCCGCCCUACAACAGUUUAAUCGUGACCUCGACCAAUGACAAUAAGACGAGCUUCAACUUCAACUUUGACCUCCAGACCGGCCGGAUCACGACGAAGAAUCUCCUCGACCGGGAAGAUAAAGACCGGUACGCGGUCAUCUUCACCAAGCAGGCCAUCUACGUUGUGGUGACCAUCAACGUGCUGGACAUCAACGACAACACGCCCGCGUUCUCGAACCCCACCUUCAACACCAACAUAUCAGAGUCGGCGCCCAUCGACCACAAGAUCGCACUGGGCAGCGUGUGGGACGAGGACUUGGGCGUCAACACGACGCAGAGGGUCGAAAUCAUUUCCGGCAACAGCGACAACGAUUUUGAGCUGACGAUAAAAAAUACGAGCAACACGAAUAAGUUGAUCGAGCUGAGGGUUGUCAGGAAACUCGAUUAUGAGACCAUACCGUCUUACAAGCUGAUUAUACGGGCUGUGGAUGGGGGCGGGCGUUAUGCUGAUAUGACGGUUGAUAUUAAUAUAUUAGAUCAAAAUGACAACGAGCCUCUCUUCAAUAUUAGUAAAUAUUCGGCGAAAGUAACAGAAAACGUGACGGUUGGUACCGCUAUCAUUCAAGUGUUUGCUACUGAUACUGAUUCUGGGGAUAACGGUCGAGUCACUUUUUCCAUUGACCAUAGGUCAGACCCGGAGGAAUACUUCACCAUUGACCCUACAUUGGGCUGGGUUAGGGUCAAUAAACCUUUGGAUUACGAGACACAGGAUAGGUUUUCAUUGACUCUCCAGGCCACUGACCACGGUAACCCACCCCAGCAGGGGACAGCUGCCUUGGACAUUAUCGUCGAGAACAUCAACGAGCAGCCGGCGAACGUUAGCAUCGAGUUCCUGGCCGCCUUUCCCAACGGUCGCGUUCUAGAAAAUACCGCCGUCGGCACGAAAAUCGCCGGCGUCUCGGUCCAAGACUUCGACAACAGCGGCAUAUCCAAGGUCAUCGUGACUUUGUACAACAGUCAAGGUUAUUUCGUCCUGCGCGACCGUGACCUCUACAUCAACAAAACGCUGGACCGCGAGACCAUCUCGAGCUUCGAGAUGUCCAUUCAGGUGACCGACCUCGGCAACCCGCCCCUGCGGGCCACCAAGGUCUUCAAGGUCAUCGUCGACGACGUCAACGACAACGCCCCCGUCUUCGAGAAACCGUCCUACGUCGCCGACGUCGACGAGACGGCGGAGAUCGGAAUGGAAGUGUUGACGGUGUCGGCGACGGAUGCGGAUGUCGGCGUGAACAAGCGGAUUACCUACACCAUCCAGGACCAGACCUUCGCGCUGUUUACCGUGGAUUCUCGCACCGGCAAGAUCUACACGGCCGCUGCCAUGGAUUGCGACCUGAACCCCCACCCGUCGUUCGUGGUUGUGGCCACGGACGGGGGUGACCCGCCCUUGAUGUCCAGCGCCCAGGUGACCAUCAACGUGCAGGAUGUAAACGACAAGGAGCCGGAGUUUGAGGCCAGCUUCUAUAGCAUUAAAAUUGCCGAGAACCGGAGGAUUGGGGAUUGUAUCCUUACUGUAUCAGCAACGGAUCCAGAAUGUGGCAACUCUCAGGUGACCUACAGAAUGGGCAACAUGCUGGCGCCUCUCAAAGAGUUCAGGGUGAACUCGCUGACCGGGGACAUCUGUGUCCAGGGGGUGCUGGACUACGAGGUGGCCACGUCGUACCAGUUCCAAGUGGAGGCGGUGGAUUCAGACAACCUCACAAGCCAGGCAGUGAUCCAGGUUGAGAUCACUGACAUCAAUGACAACAACCCGAGGUUUGAACCCCGUGUCUACUCCAUCAACAUCAUGGCUGACGCCCCUCCAGGCCCACUGGUCACUGUGCAGGCAAGAGACAGGGACAGCGGAGUCUUUGGGACGGUCACUUACUCCAUCAUCAGUGGAAACAACAUCCAGUUCUUCAGCAUUAACCCCACUACAGGUACCAUAUCUUUAAAACCUGGCCUGACUGAUAAAGUGUCUGUCUUGAGUGUCCGUGCCACUGACGGAGGAGGGCUGACCUCACAGGAGAAUGCUGCGGUCACCAUUAGUGUCAUCAGUGGUAACGAGCACCCUCCCAUCUUCACCCCAACCAUGUACAACUUCACCAUCACAGAGGCUGCUGGUCUGAACCAGAUGGUGGGCAGGGUGGAGGCAAAUCUGGAUGGUUCAGGUGGAUCCACAGCUAUAACAUACAGCAUCACAUUCCAGACAGUGGAUUGGUUUAAGGUGGAUGAAAAUACAGGCGCCAUUUCAACCAGAUCUGCUCUGGACAGAGAGAGCAGCCCAUUUGUGGUCAUCAGUAUUCAGGCUUCUGCCUGGUUCCCACCUGUGUAUGCUGUAGCUCAGGUCAACAUCACCAUUUUGGAUGUGAACGACAACGCCCCAACAUUCCCAGCCACCACCAUGCUGGAGCUGGAGAUCAGAGAGGACGAGGCAGCCAACACCUCGCUGUACGUGGCACGCGCCGUCGACCUGGACAUGGGGAACAACGGUACUGUCAGGUACCGGCUGGUCGACACAACCACCGACACCUUCGCCAUCAACGUUGUCACCGGCGAGAUCACCCUGAAGAAGAUGCUGGACUACGAGAAGAUCAACAAGUACCUCAUCGUUGUCAUCGCUGAAGAUAUGGGCACGCCCAAACAGCUUAGCGCAAACUUGACUUUGACGGUGAAGGUCAAGGAUAUCAACGACAAUCCUCCAGUGUUUGACAGAGCUGUUUACUUGUUUUAUGUUCCCGAGGACGUUGACAUUGGGUCCACCAUCAACCAGGUCAAGGCCACAGAUGAAGAUUCUGGAAACAACAAGAAGAUCACGUUCUCUUUUAGAAAUAACCGCUACGGCUCCACGUUUGGGAUAUCUCCAGUGGACGGUAAAGUCUGGACGCGGGACUUACUGGACAGGGAGCUCCACGACACAUAUGAGAUAACUGUCCAAGCGGUUGACCACGGAAGCCCGGUUCAGCUGUCAUCCACGGCACUUGUCAGGAUAAUUGUCACAGACGUCAAUGAUAACGACCCAGUUUUUUCCAGGGAUGAGUACAGAUUCUCUAUUCGAGAGAACCUCGUGGCUGAUAGCCUUGUAGGUCAAGUAGUUGCCACAGAUCAGGACAUUGGCCCCAAUGGCGAUCUGCAGUUCUUUUUCUAUAAUGUACAAAACUACUUUAAAAUCAACUCGAAAACUGGUGAGAUUCGAACCCAGGUUUCGCUAGACCGUGAGCUGGUGGCCGAGCAUGUUCUCACAGUAUACGUGUCAGACAACGGGAACAUCUCAAGGACUGCUCAGACUAAGGUGAAGGUGAAGGUUCAAGAUCAGAAUGAUAAUGAUCCCAUGUUUCAAAGGCAGGGGCCCUUCGCGUCCAAUAUCUCAGAGAACAGGCCAAAAGGGACGGUGGUGACCACACUGGUUGCCUUAGACCCUGACGAGGGAGAGAAUGGAAGAGUCACCUACUACUUUGAUGCAGCCAAAUCCGAGCAAUCCGCCAUGUCAAACUUUGAGGUCCACCCAACAUCCGGCAGAGUCUCCACAAGGGAGGUUCUUGACUACGAGACCAAGACCGUUUACCACCUGACCAUCGUUGCUAAGGACAACGGCCUCCCACCCCGCAGCUCAUCCCAACCACUGACCAUAUCCAUCUUGGACGUCAACGACCAGGCGCCGCUGUUCCAAGCACGCAACGUCAGCUUCAACUGUGUCGAGAACGUCAGCAUCGGCACGUUUGUCGGACAGGUGAAAGCCACGGACAAGGACUCUGGAGAGAACGGGAAGAUAAAUUAUUAUCUGGUCGGAGGAAACGUCUUCGGGUCUUUUUCAGUCAAUCAGAGCUCAGGGGUUAUAACCACAGUUAGACAGAUAGAUUAUGAGGAGUCGUCUUCCCAUUCUCUAAAUAUACAAGCAGUGGAUAACAGUGCAGCGUGGCCCAAAAGCAGUAAUAUAACAGUCACCAUCUUUAUAAAAGAUGUGAAUGACAACCCGCCAGUGUUUGACCAGGACCCGGUCAUCAUACGCACCAUCGCAGAGAACAUGCCCCUUAACACUGUCAUCCACACUUUCCUGGCCACUGACCGUGACUCCGGCAUCAACGGAACGGUCAAGUACUUCAUUGAUUCCUCCAGCCAGGGAGACAACUCCUACCUGGCCAUAAACCCUGACACAGGGGAGAUGUACAUCUCUGCUGUUAUAGACUAUGAAACGGUCCAGCAAAUCUCUGUCAUUGUGGUGGCCAAAGACGCCUGCCCGUCCCCCACACUCUCCUCGCAGAUGACCACCAUCAUAUUCGUCACGGAUGUCAACGACAACGCCCCGCGCUUCGACCCCAUCCCUGACCUGAGCGUGUCCGAGGACGAGGCUGUGGGCUUUGUCCUGAGGGUGCUAGUGGCUAUUGACCAGGACUCUAACGUGGACAACAGCGGCAACAACCUGGUCAGGUACAGGAUUGUGUCCGGGAAUGAGGACGGGAGGUUCUACCUGAAUCCAGAGACAGGUUCUCUACAGUUGAAUGAUGCACUGGACUAUGAGACUAAAGCCAGCUACAAUCUAAACAUCAGUGCUGAAGACAUGGGCAUGCCCAAACUGGUCACCUACAAACAGCUGUACAUCACCUUGAUAGAUGCCAAUGACAACUCCCCAGUUUUCAAACAGUCCACCUACCAUGCUAACAUUACAGAGAACUCGCCUGUGAAAACUCCAGUAAUUUCUGUCCUAGCUACGGAUGCAGACACAGGUCUCAAUGGAGCCUUGACCUACCAGAUACCCAGUGGUAUUGUGGGGGACAGGUUCACAGUGGACCCAAAGACUGGCCAGAUCACAAACACAGUUGUGCUGGACAGGGAGGAGAGGGACAGCUACACCAUCACCGUCUACGUCCAGGACGGGGCCUACCCCUUCUACUUCAGCACCUGCCGGGUGGUCAUCACAGUGGUGGACAUCAAUGAUAAUCCUCCCAUCUUCAAGGAGCAGACGUACAGGCUGGAGAUUCCGGAGAACAGAGCUCAGAAUUCUGUGAUAAGUUUGGUGGCUACUGACCGCGAUGUGGGGGAAAAUGCCAGAGUUACUUAUGCCAUCACAGGCGGUGAUUCCAUCAGCUUCAUCAUUGACCCUCAACAUGGUCACCUGUCAAACCAACCCCUGGACAGGGAGACCAUCGGCAUGUACAACCUGACCAUCACCGCCCAGGACCAUGGCCCCACGCCCCUCUCCGCCACAGCUUACGUUAUUGUCACUGUGUUGGAUGAGAAUGACAACAGUCCCAGCUUUGACCAAGUGGUAUACACUGCCAGCAUACCAGAGGACAUCAAACCCAGUACAGUUGUACUCAAUGUACGAGCCACUGACCCUGACUUGAAUGAAAAUGGGCGGGUCAUGUACUCCCUGGGGAAUGAAACGGGUGGACUUUUUGACAUCAACAGCACUACUGGUGUUAUCUACACCAGCGGAAUGUUUGACAGGGAAAAAGUGGACAGGUAUUCCAUCACAAUCAUGGCUUCGGACAGCGGCAGUUCAGGACCCAGAAACACAACAGCCCGCAUCCAGAUCACGGUGACUGAUGUCAACGACAACGCUCCAACGUUCGCCAUGGUUCCGUACACCGCCAGGCUCAAUGCCACCACCCCCAAGAACAGUUUUGUGCUGACCGUGUCCACAACAGAUCCAGAUCUGGGGGUCAAUGGAACGGUGGAGUACUCACUGGACAAUGGGGACAAUGCUUCCAACAUUACUAAGUAUUUCAGAAUCAGCUCAGCCGGUGAGGUUUUCACAAGUGAUGCCCUAGUUACAGUACCUGGACGCUACAGGCUGAACGUCAUUGCUAAAGAUUUGGCUGUCCCAGCAUCAUCCAGACUAACCUCCACGGGUGUGAUUGAGAUAACCAUUGGCUCACCUGAGAGCACCACGUUCCGCUUCACCUCACCUGAGUACAGAGCACAGAUCAACGAGAACUCCCCGGUCAAUACCCCUGUGGUCCAGGUGGCCACAGAGACUGUCCCCCCCACCUCCACCACUGCAGUUUACAGCUUCGCCAGUGGGAAUGAAAACGGAGCUUUUAAAAUUAACGGCACAGGGCAUAUAUCAGUGCAGAACUCACAACGGCUGGACUAUGAAACAAACCCAUCCAUCCGUCUGAUCGUCAUGGCAACCAGCGGGAGUCUGUACGCCUACAGCACAGUGUGGGUUAACUUAACUGACGUCAACGACAACGUCCCCAGGUUCUCACAGUCCAGAUACGUGUCUGCCAUAUGGGAGAACAACCCAGCCUACACCGCCACAUAUGUGACACAAGUGUAUGCCCGUGAUGCUGACAGUGGGAUGAAUGGGGAAAUCAUAUACACCAUCAUUGGUGGGAAUGAUCGCCAGGUGUUCCAGAUCAGCAUGGAACACACUGGAAUAGUUCACACCAGCGAGGACGCGGAGUCACUCGACAGGGAGGCUAACCCAGAGGGUUACAGGCUAACCCAGAAGAUUACAGCUAACCCAGAAGGUUACAGGCUGAUCAUUGAAGCCAGGGACAGAGGUGUCCCAUCCCGAUCCAGUUCCUGCGAGCUCAUCAUCACCAUAGUGGAUGAGAAUGACUCCCCGCCACACUUCCCAGUGAUUCCACCGCAGAAUGUCACGGAGAACCAAGUGGUUGGCUACUCCAUCGUCAUGGCAACAGCCAAUGAUGUGGACCUGAACCCUAUCCUGGUGUACGACUUUGUUGUGGAUGGUAACCCUGACAACACCUUCAGUCUGGACAGCUCCACUGGUCGUCUGACCCUGGCCAAACCACUGGACCAUGAGAAAAAGUCGGUGUACAACGUUGGUAUUCAGGUCAGCGAUGGUGAUCCAGACCACACCAGUGUGAUGUGGAUAACAGUGAAUGUCAUAGAUGUCAAUGACAACGCUCCUGUCUUCUCCCACCAGAGUUAUGAGGUGGCGCUACCAGAACAGACCAGCCCCAACCAGUCGGUGCUGACAGUUGUUGCCACUGACGCUGACUCUGGACAAAACGCUGAAAUAGUCUACAGUAUGGGGUCAUCACAGAUAGACAGCUUCACCAUCAACCCAGUGACUGGCACCAUCUUCACCAACAAGACUAUCAUGUUCAAGGCUGGGGAAUCCAUCAUCCAGUUUGUGGUUGUGGCCAGGGACAAAGGGAAUCCACCCCAGUCCUCCAUGGUGGCCGUACACAUCCAGAUCACGGAUGUCAACAAGUUCCCACCUACCUUUGUGGCCAAUGUUAAUUACAUUGCCCAUGUUAGUGAGUCAGCACAGAGGGGAGUCCAAGUCCUACAGGUGUCCGCAGUGGACAAUGACUUGAGCUACCGCGGUGAGAUCAACUACACACUCGUAGGCCUUGGCAUCAGAUUCUUCUACAUCCACCAGCGCACCGGGCAGAUCUUCUACAACGGCGGUCUGGACUACGAGACCAAACGCCAGCAUGAGAUGACAGCUGUAGCCACGGACAAAGGGGUCCCUCCUAAAAAUGCUUCCAUCCCUGUGAUCAUCUACGUGGACGAUGAAAACGACAACCCUCCGGUUUUUCUAGAAAACGGUUACACCAUCACCCUGAGUGAGAACUAUUCCCCAGAGCGUAUCUUUCUGACCGUGAAUGCAACGGAUGCCGACUCUGGCCCCAACGCUGAGGUCAAGUUUUUCAUCACGUCUGGAAACAACGAAGGAAUUUUCUUCAACCCUCGCAACGAGGGCGGGCUGUUCAUCAUGGAGAAAAUGCACCUGGACUACGAGACCCAGUCGUCCCAUCGUCUCAUCAUGCGGGCGGUUGACUGCGGUUCAUGUCCCAAAACCUCCCCCCGUCUGUCAGCGUUUGUCACUGUGGAUAUAUUAGUCAGUGACGUCAACGAGUUUUGGCCACGGUUUCCAAUCAAGCAUUAUAUGGAAGAGAUCUUGGAAAAUUCCGAAAAUGGCACGGUUGUCUUUCAAGCUCACGCCAGUGACGGAGAUGGGGGUGAGAUGGGGAUUGUCACUUACAGUUUAAGAAAGGAUUUGGAUUAUGAAAGUUUUUCUAUUGAUCCACUUACUGGGGAUAUCUAUGCUACAAAAGUGUUUGACUAUGAAGCUCCGAAACAGCAGUACUUGUUUAAUUUAAUCAUCAUCGCUACUGAUCGAGGUCAGUUCACUGAUUCGGCCGAAGUGACCAUACGUUUGGUGGACGUAGAUGAGUACCAGCCUCACCUGAAUGCUAAGGAGUACAGUUUCGAGGUCCCGGGGUCGGCUAAAGCUGGGGAUUUUGUCGGCCAUGUAUCUGCCACUGACGAGGACACAGGUGAUGCAGGGAGACUGGUGUUUGAGUUUGUUGAGCCUAACGACUACUUCACCAUCAACAGCACAACUGGCAACAUCACUGUGGCCGUGGCACUGCACGACACGGCACCAGCGCGGGCCAGGAAGAAGCGCGCUUUGACGCUGGACAGCGUUGACCUGGCAGUUAAAGUUAGCUCCGGGGUCCCUGGGUCUAAGCAGGACACGUCUCGUUGCGUCCUGACCAUAGACAGGACCUGCUCAGGUUGUCAGGUUAUGGCCAGCACAGGGAUGACCGAUGGAGUACGAGCCGCCAUUAUUGUUGUCUGUUUGAUCUUCAUCAUCGUCAUCAUCGCAGUUAUCAUCAUCAUCUUGUACAGGCGAAGGCUGCCGAAAAAAUCAGACAAAGAUUACUCCAGUGAUUCUACCAUUGACCUUGCCCCUCCCCCUCAACUACCAGACCGGCCUUUUGUUGACCACAUACGGCCAGUCAACUUGAUGGCCUCUGACGUGUCGGAUCAGUCGCAAAACUCCGCCUCCAGCGGGCGCGGCUCGGCUGAAGCGGAGGACGAAGACGAAGAAAUCAGUCGAAUAAAUUCAAACACUUACCUACAUUCCUCGCAGGCUUUCCGCCAGACCAACAUGCCUGACUCAGGCAUACAACAUGACGAUGACACCCUCUCUGAGCCUGUCCCUCAGACUCACCAGGAGUACCUGGCCAACCUUGGCAUUGACUCGUCCAAAAUUGGCAAAAGUAAGGCCAUCAACAAGAUCAAGGCGGAGCAGCUGGGCAGAUCUGCCGAGAGCAUGCACCAGUUUUCUGACGAGGGAGGAGGUGAAGGAGGGGUGGAUACGGACGUUGAAAAAAUGACCGACCUUGAAACGGAUGAAGAAAGCAGUCUGCAUGUUAUGAGUUUCCACGAGCCGGAUACCCAUAACGUGGGGUCGCUGACCAGCGUGGUCAACAGCGAGGAGGUGAACAGCGGCUCGUACAACUGGGAUUACCUCAUAGACUGGGGACCCCAGUAUCAGCCCCUUGCCCACGUCUUCUCAGAAAUCGCUAAACUGAAAGACGACAGUGUCACGCCGAAAAAACAACCAAUCAAAACUGUUCCUCAGAGACAAUUUAACUCGUCAAUCAAACAACCGCAGGUGAGGACAGUCCCGCCUCCGAUCAUCACCAACGCGCCGCCAAUGGCCGUGCCGUUGCCUGGCCACAUGAUACCCAGUGACAAUGAAAGUGUAUCAGACUAUGCCCACCAGAGCCCCACCUUGCAGGUCGGCCGAAGCCGGCACCACCACCACCACCAUCAUCAAGCACCAUCCACCCACUUCCACCACAACCACCAAGCUGCGCCCUACAACCACCAGGCGCAGCAACACGCCCACCACUACCACCACCAGCCCACCAGAACUAGUCACAUGACGCAGAAAACUUCCUCCCCUCCCCAGUUCGCCCCGCAACAGUGUCUAAACCCCCACUUCUCCCCGCAGAUAAAACUCUUAUCACACUCUAACCACCGGUCCCCUCAACAGCAUCACAGCCCCCGCAUGGGGAUCCACCCCCACAUCCACCCCCCGCCACCCCAGCACCCCCCACCUCCCAUUCCACAACAACCCAUGUCUUCCUCUAGCAGUCGUGGCAACUCCACCCACGCCUCCACCAUGAACAUCUCCCUCCCCUCCCUCCCCCGCUCCCCCAUCAGCUACGAAUCUAGUCUCACCUCCGUAGCCAUGACCCCCUCCCUGACCCCUUCCCUGUCCCCGCUGGCCACGCGCUCCCCCUCCGUAUCCCCCGUGGCCACAAGCGGCCAUACCACCCCUGGACAAAACAGCUCCAGACAAAACCUUAUCAGCCAGUCUUCCAAGUCUCACGAUCUUUCUUCCAGCUCUGAGCGGGAGUUUACCAUUUAGUUCCGAUGUUGUUGUUAGACGCGUUUCUUGAUAUUGAACUGCACUGACCUAUGUUGACCUCACACCCCCCCCCCCACCUGACAUAUAUAGCCAACUGUUCAAAUAUGAAAAUCACCUGUUUAUAUUGACCUGGAUUAAUCAGGGUGUUAAAACACAAAUCAAACUCUCAUGUCUCUCUUCUCCUGGUGACAUUUGACAUUUAUGAAUGACAUUUAGAUGUAUUAUAUAACUUAUGACGUGACUUACGCUAUAUUUAGAUUUAUUUUAUUUGUAUAAGGGGUGACUGCUGACUUUUGACUUACAUAAAUGCCAUACACAUAGAUUCUAUACUUAUAUUUUGACUAUUUACAUAUGACUUAAACAAAUGCCAUUGAAGUAUAUACGUACGACAAAUGACAUAUUUACAUAGAUAUGUGAACUAGAUAAUUUUUGUAUAGAUUUUACAAUGUUACAAUUUUUUUGUUCUACAUCCUUAUGUCAUUGGAAUGUGCAGUCAUGACUUUGUUGCUGAUACAAUCACUUGUGACUUGGGAUUUGACUGGUGACUUUGUUCAUGUGACUUUAUAGCUGAUGUGUUUGGGUGUUUACCAAGCCUGAUAGAACUGCUGAUGGGAGGGAGCUUACGUCAGAGAGGCUUGUGGGAUACUAAGGAUAUUGGGAGAGCCACUGACCAGCCAAGUUAGGAUAUUGUGAUAGCCACUCACCAUCCAAGUUAGGAUACAGGGAUACUCAUUUACCUACUAAUUUAGAAUAUUUACUGGGUUAGGAUAUUAGGAUAGCUCUUCACCAAGUUAGGAUAUUGAGAUAGCCAUUCACCAACUGAGUUAGGAUAUUGGGAUAGUUAUUCACCAACCAAAUUGGGAUACUCAUUCAACUACAUUCAUCGAGUUGGGAUAUUGAGAUAGUUAUUCACCUACGUAGUUGGGAUACUGGGAUAGCCACUCUCCACCAGCAAAGAUAUUAUUGAGCUGGGUAUAAAAAUAUGAUAAAAGUUUUGAUGAUUAUUGAUAUACAUUUAUACUGUUGAUAUGUAUGUAUUUUUGCCAUGUAAAGUUAGAGUUGAAUGAAAUCAAUGCAUAAAUUACCAUCUUCCUCACUAAGUAGAUCACAUUUAUAUACUGAUCAAUAAAUUCUGAUAAAUAAAUGUCAGCUAAAUAAUAUAAAAACCAUGGGAUCCAAGGCAAAUGACAUAAAAUUUCAAAUCUAGAAUGAUUUGUGUUGUACAGUAGUUAAAACAUCUAUACCUUUCUAGCCAGUGGAAAUACAUAUAUAUAUUAUGUUCAAAGUUCACUUAAGUAAUAAGUUAGUUUUCUAUGUAACAGGUUUUUUUUCAACAAUUUAGCAAAACAUGUUAUUU